CUCUUACCACUUCUUGGCCGAGGUGGGCAUCAGUGUCCACAUUCUUGGAAGCCAUACGAUCGCAGAGCCUGGAAUGCUUCCAGAUGGAUGCCUGGGAGAACGAGUAGCGAUGACGGCCGAAGUCCUGUAAGAUUGACGAUGGCGGAUGCAGAACGCGACGCGUCAAGGCAGCAGCUUUGUAUUUGUCUCUGCAUUUUCCUAUAAGUAUACCCAAGUGCUUUCAGAUCUCCAAUUUUCCAGAUCAGAUACUGUUUUCCUAUCAGAAUGACUAGUUCCCCAGCGGUCGACGUCACCAUCACUUCUUCGCCCGACAUUUUCGACAUCGACGGACAUACCGAUCUGAGCAUCCGCCUCAAUCUCACGCUUCGUCACGACAAACCGAUUACAUUGCACAAACGUUACACCAGUCUUUUCGACGGCAAAAUUCUCCAUGACGGCGGUCUCACGUUUACCGAUGUCGAGACUGGCCAGCGCGUGCCUCGCAGCACCUUGAAUAUCUGCUACUUCUCAGGCGAGAGUUUUUCAUGGGCGACUAGAAGCCAAUACGUUACACUAUAUCCAGGGAAACAACAUGUCAUCGACACGGGCUUUACACCUCUAAGUACAAGCGGACGAGAGAAAACGGAUCCAAGAGCACCAUGGGUGAGGUCAUUGAAGUUCGCUGGGUUCAAAGACGGGCAGAAAUGUAGAAUAGGCAUCACUGAGAAUGCUUCCGUCAGGGACUGGUUCAAAGGAACAGUUUGGGAGAUACUAGGAUGGCAGAUGCUGGGUUGCACGCCAACGACUGUCCACACGCACAUUAGCUAUAGGGUUGUUGAGUCCUCGGUCUUCACGAUCAAGCGACUCCAGGAUAAAGAUGACAUCUAACUCGAGGACAUACUCUCUGUGAAAUCGACUGAUUGAACAAUCAUCUAGUUCAGCGAGUCGUAGCUGAAUGCUCAAGCCACAUCCAUACGCUCGUCUCCUAUCGGUCGACCAAUAAAACCCG